AUGCCUGCCGGAUCAGUGAGAGAAAUUGUUCACCUUCAGACUGGUCAAUGUGGUAACCAGAUCGGUGCCAAGUUUUGGGAGAUUCUGUCCGACGAGCACUGUAUCCAACCUGAUGGAUCGUUCAAAGGCACCUCUGACAUUCAACUUGAGCGCAUCAACGUCUACUACAAUGAAGCUGCUGCGGGCAAAUACGUGCCCCGAGCUGUCCUCAUCGACUUGGAACCCGGUACAAUGGAUUCAAUCAAGAGCUCCAAGCUCGGUUCCUUGUUCCGACCUGACAACUUUGUUUUCGGUCAGAGCGGUGCAGGAAACAACUGGGCGAAGGGUCACUACACCGAAGGUGCUGAGCUCGUCGACUCUGUCCUCGAUGUCGUCCGACGUGAAGCCGAAGGAUGCGACUGUCUCCAAGGCUUCCAGAUCACCCAUUCCUUGGGAGGAGGUACCGGUUCCGGUAUGGGAACUUUGUUGAUCUCAAAGAUCAGAGAAGAAUACCCCGACAGAAUGAUGUGCACUUUCUCCGUCGUCCCGGGACCGAAAGUCUCCGACACCGUCGUCGAACCAUACAACGCUACUCUCUCCGUCCACCAACUCGUUGAGAACUCUGACGAGACCUUCUGUAUUGACAACGAAGCCCUUUACGACAUUUGCAUGCGAACACUCAAACUCGCCUCCCCCAAAUACGAAGACCUCAACCAUCUCGUCUCCCUCGUAAUGUCCGGAGUCACGACUUGUCUCCGAUUCCCCGGUCAGCUCAACUCUGAUCUGCGAAAACUCGCUGUCAACAUGGUUCCCUUCCCUCGUCUUCAUUUCUUCAUGGUCGGUUUCGCUCCUCUGACUGCUUGGGGAUCUGCCAGCUACCGAAGUGUCUCGGUGCCAGAACUCACUCAACAGAUGUUCGACGCUAAGAACAUGAUGGCCGCCGCUGAUCCUCGACACGGUCGAUACCUCACUGUCAUGUGUAUCUACCGAGGAAAGGUCGCUAUGAAGGAGGUGGAAGACCAGAUCCAGGCUGUUCAGACUAAGAACUCUGGAUACUUUGUCGAAUGGAUUCCUGGCAACGUCGCUGCGGCCCAAUGUGACGUUCCUCCCCGUGGUCUCAAAAUGUCUUCCACCUUUAUCUGCAACUCUACUUCCAUCCAGUCCUUGUUCAAGCGUAUCGGAGAGCAAUUCUCAGCCAUGUACAGGCGAAAGGCAUAUGUUCACUGGUACACUGGAGAAGGAAUGGACGAGCUCGAAUUCUCUGAAGCCGAAUCCAACUUGCAAGACUUGGUAUCUGAAUACAUGCAAUACCAAGAAGCUGGAGCUGAUGACGAAAUGUACGAAGAGGAGAUGCCGGUUGGCGAGGAGGAGCUUGAGGAGGAAGUAUAG